AUGGGCGAUGUUAUCUCCACUCACCUGGACGAGAGCCGGCGCCACUAUAUCUCAGUUUCAGAGAAAACCGGGAAGGUGCUGGGGGAAUUCUGCCAGUUUUACGAAGAACAGUAUGGCGUUGCGCUCUUCAACAGCGUCCGGUAUGAAAUUGAGGGCAACGGAGGGCCGCAGUCCCAGCUGCUCCACCGCAAGGUCCCUCUGGAGGACCGCGUCAUCAUCUCGGGGAACCUCUUCCAAUACGUGGAGGAAAACAAGAAGUGGCGAAACCGCUUCAGCGUUGUGCCGCACAACUACGGCCUGGUGCUGUACGAGAACAAACUGGCCUAUGACAGAGGGAUUCAGCCUCGAAUAGUCCUCAACAGUGCCGGCUACAAAAUCCUCACCUCACUGGACCAGUAUCUUGACCUUGUCAAUAGCAGUUUACCAGGGACAGCCCCCAAAUCCGGCAAUGCCCCGAUCCUCAAGUGCCCCACCCAGUUUCCUCUCAUCCUUUGGCACCCGUACUCUCGUCACUACUACUUCUGCGUGAUGACCGGGAAGGAGCAGGACAAGUGGCGAGCGGUGUUCCAGGACUGCGUGCGUCACUGCAACAAUGGGAUCCCAGAGGACUCCAAGGUGGAGGCCCCAGCCUUUACGGAUGCCGUCCGCAUGUACCGGCAGUCGAAGGAGCAGUACGGCACCUGGGACAUGCUCUGUGGCAACGAGGUCCAGGUCUUGAGCAAUCUGGUGAUGGAGGAACUGGUCCCAGAACUGAAAAACAUGAUCGGCCCCAAGCUGAAGGGCAAGGCCCAGGAGAGGCAGAGACUCUGGAUACAGAUCUCGGAUGCUGUCUAUAGGCUCGCCUAUGACCAGAUAAAGGCGCACUAUGAUGCAGUGGUGACAAAAUGUGAGCUGGAGCGUCCCAGAAUGGAGAGCACCAUUCGCACGGACAUGGACCAGAUCAUCACAGCAAAGGAACACUUAGCCAGCAAAAUCCGAGCCUUCGUGCUGCCCAAAGCAGAGAUCUGUGUCCGAAACCAUGUGCAGCCCUAUAUCCCUUCCAUCCUGGAGGCGCUGAUGAUUCCCACAAGCCAGGGUUUUGCCGAGGUCCGGGAAGUGUUCUUCAAGGAGGUCACUGACAUGAACAUGAACGUAAUCAACGAGAGCGGGAUGGAGAAGCUGGGAGAGUACAUGGAAAAGCUCUCCCAGCUGGCCUUCCACCCUGUCAAGAUGCAAUCCUGCUAUGAGAAGAUGGACCAGCUGAAACUGGAGGGGCUUCAACAGAGAUUUGACGUCUCCAGUGCCUCCGUGUUCAAGCAGAGGGCCCAGAUCCUCAUGAGACAGCAAAUGGACGAUGCCGUUCACACGUUCGGGACGCUCCUGCACCAGGAGCUGGCGAAGAUGCUGGGCAAGGAGGAGCUGUGCAAGUCAAUCCAGCGGAUCCUCGAACGGGUGCUCAAGAAAUACGACUACGACAGCAGCACCGUGCGCAAGAAGUUCUUCAGGGAAGCCCUGCUCCAGAUCACCAUCCCCUUUCUGCUGAAGAAGCUGGCGCCAACCUGCAAGGGGGAGUUACCAAAGUUCCAGGAACUGAUCUUCGAGGACUUCGACAACUUCAUCCUGGUGGAGAACACGUACGAGGAGGUCGUGCUGCAGUCGGUCAUGAAGGACAUCAUGCAGGCUGUGAAGGAGGCAGCGGUGCAGAGGAAGCACAACCUGUACCGGGACAGCAUGGUCAUGCACAAUAGCGACCCCAACCUGCACCUGCUGGGCGAGGGCAUGCCCAUCGACUGGGGAGAGGAGUUCGUCAGCCAGCCGGACUCGGACCCAUCCGCCGAGAAGCGCCGCAGAGCCAGGCAGGUGGUGUCGGUCAUCCACGACGACGAGGGAGCCCUGCCCUACGAGGCCGGGGCAGAGGUGCUGAUGCACCAGGUCUCCCAGGAAGAGCCCGGGUCGGAGGAGCUGGAGGCAUGUCCUGCCCUUGCAUCACCGGGUUCUCCUGACAGCGUGCAGGGGAUACGGGGGAUGCUGGUGAAGGAGUUCUGCGUGGAGACCCCGGUCCCAGCAAGAGAGGAGGCAAAGGAACCGCUGACGAAUGGUACAAUAGUCCAGCAGAGCGGCAGCUCUGAGGAGCGCGGGGUGGAGGGAGCUGCCCAGAAGGCCGAGGAAGGCCCUGGUUCCUUGGAACACUCCGCCCAGCAUGACACUGGCUCCCCGGGCCCAGUGAACCCGGGGGUGGAGGAGCAGGAAGCCAAGCCAGCCGUGCCCGCCUCUCCAGCCAAGCCGCCUGCCCUGACAGCUGCCUCGUUGCUUGCUGAGGGGGGAGUUGAAGUGAACCGCCACGAACCCAACGACAAGGAGACGGGGGAAGAGGUGUCCACCCAGGCCCAUGCGGAGAAGGUGGAGCCUGCCCAGCCGGCCACAGGGAACAGCGCGGGGACCACCGAGAACAGCGCGGGGACCACUGAGAACAGCGAGGGGGUGCAGACUCAGUUCUAG